AUGGAUAAAGCCAAACCAUCUCAUGAAAAUCUCGCCGUUUCUCGAUAUACUGACUUGAUCGGAGAACCCAUUGCAUGUGUUCUCUCACCCAUUAAAGGCUAUGAAGUUGCACCACUCGUAUCACUCGAGCAAGCUGUAGCUCCUAUUACAAAUUUGUUCGAUUGCAUCGAAGAAAAUGUAUGGGUAGCAAAAGAGAAUUCUAAAACCCCGCCAGAUAAUCUUAGUCAUGAAGAAUCAGCCGCAAUUCAUUUGUACACGAUGCAGUUUGAUUCCGACCCAAGUUUCUAUGAACUUCUGAAUUCGAUACUUCGAGAUGAAUAUCGUGAUAAUCUCAAGCCAUGGUUUACCUACCUUAAAUUAUUUUUGACGGCUCUUCACAAACUGCCAUCUCAUCCGCAGACAGUUUGGCGUGGUGGGCUGUGCGCUCGUACACAACUAGUGUCGAAUCAAAAUGGAAAAUCAAUUGUUCCACAUUCGUAUUUCAGAGAUACAGAUAAAGAAUUUGUGCUGAUGCCUGGUUCAUAUUUCGAGGUGGUUGGUCAAUUGAAUCCAGCAGAUGGUCUAUAUAUUAUUCAAAUGAAAGAAUUAGAAUCACCAUUUCCAUGUGUUAAACCACCAUCCAAUGAGUAUUAA